GUGGCCACACCUACACCUGACCAGUGGGGUUCCCCAUCCCACAUCAUCGUGGACUCCCAUGGCUGUCUUGUGGAUGGGCUGUCAGAUGCCUCUUCAGCCUUCCAAGCCCCCAGACCCGGACCUGAGAAGCUUCGUUUCACUGUGGAUGUGUUCUACUUUGCUAACGACUCCAGGAAUACAGUGUAUAUCACCUGCCACCUGAAGGCCAUCCCCGCUGACCGGGACCCUGAUCCCCAGCACAAGGCCUGUUCCUUCAAUAAAGCUUCUCGCAGCUGGUCCCCAGUAGAGGGCUUUGAGAAUAUCUGUGACUGUUGCACUGUGGGGGACUGCGGGGCCCCAGUGUUCCCUGAAAACAUGACAGGACCAAUGUGGCAGCAGGACCCGAUUAGCCGCACUCGAAGACACGUGACUCAGGAGGCUGACGUCACCUUGGGCCCUCUCAUCUUCUUGGGCAGGGCUGGGGACCACGGCGAGGACCCCUCUCUGCAUGGCUCCCUGGCUCUGGCCCUUGGCCUGGCUGCCCUGGCCUCUGUCAUUCUGGCUGCCCUUGUUCUGACCCUCAGCAGGGCACGACCCAUGUCCCCUGCUGUGCCACAUCCUGCCUCUGCUUCCUAA